AUGGGCGAUACUGGUGGCACUGCUUCCGUAAGAAGCAAAAUUAAAAGUAGGGUCGAGGAGGAGGAGGAAUCAGAAGAAGAAUUAUUGGACAGUGGGGAAGACGAUGAAACAAUCGCAAGAAUUCAACGUGCUCACUAUGCACAAGCGGCUGCUAUGAACCCUCGUCGGCGCGCUCCACCACGGCCUAGACCCAUGAGUAACAAAAGAAAAUUGGAAGCAGUGAAAACUUUUCAUGACUUUACUAAAAAAUUAAAAAAGGACACUGGAAUAAGAAUUCGUAGUUUAGUAGGAAACAAUAUUUUAGAACUAAGUGACUUUUCUAGUGAUGAUAGUGAAUCAGAUAGUGAUGGUUUGUCGGAGAAAGAGUUUGUUGUUAAUCCUAAUGCAGUGCUGGAGUUAGAAGAAGAAAAUGAAAGUUAUAUUGAUCCAGAAACAGGAGAUAUUUUGGAAGGUAAGAAAUUACAACAGAAACCAUUAAGUUCAGAUCACAUUACACAUAAAAGAAAUGUUGAACAACAAAAUAUGGAACCAAAAACACUUUCAAUCACUGACAUUAUUAAUGAGGGUGAUAUAGACUUGUCAAAAAAUGUUGAGAUAGCAGAAGUGGAAACAAGUGAGUUAUGUUCAGAUAAAUGCCCAGAAGAAUUAUUGAAUAUUAAGCAAGAAGAGGCUAGCCAAGACUUUGAUGUUACAAAUAAAGUAAACGAAAUGGAUAGUAAACAAGUUGAACCUACUGAUAAAAAGAUAAAUGAGGAGGUGAAUCCUGUACAGAUUGAGAAAAAGUCAGAAACUGAGGAUGAGAAAAAAAUAACAAAUGUUAAUGCACUAAAUGUAAGAAGAAAUAUAAGAGAAGUUAUGGAUGAGAAAAAUUUAGAUGCCUCAACCUUAGCAGCACAACGGCAAGAGUCUGAGCGUUUAGCUCGUGUUCAAGAACAACAGAGAAUCAUCAGAGAGGUACAAAAACAAAUUGCAAUAAACAGACAAAAUAAAAUUCAUCAGAAAACCCUGUCAUUACUACAAGGUGGAUCUUCGUUACUAAAGAAGUCAGGUCCUGGACACAAGUUAAAUUUACCCAACACAGUAUUAGUGAAGCUACCAUCUGGAGAAGUUAAAAAGACUACUCUAAAACAAGGUCAAGUAGAGGUGACAAAAGUCCCAAAAGCUACAACAUCUGGUUCAUUAUUCCCACAAAAAAUAGGAAAACAUGAUCAAAGAUCAGAGAAAAAGGAGGUGGUUGAAAUUGUUGACAGUAGUAGUGGGGAAGAAACUGCAUCUUCAACAUCAGAUUCCGAUGAUUGUAUAAUGUUAUCUGAUUCAGAAGUUCCACCUAGUCCUGAAGCUGAAGAUGAUCCAGCUAAUUCAGGUUUACAUGUAAAUGAUGCAUAUAAUACACCAGAUGAACAAGGUCGCGUUUUAAUUAACAUUGGUCAUCCGGAAACCGAAGAAGACAUAUUUUUAGCUCCACAAAUAGCCAGGAUAAUCAAACCACAUCAAAUUGGAGGGGUCCGCUUUUUAUUUGACAACAUAAUUGAAUCUGUAGAGCGAUUUUCGACAUCAACGGGAUUUGGGUGUAUAUUAGCGCAUUCCAUGGGUCUUGGAAAAACAUUGCAAAUUGUGUCUUUCUGUGAUAUAUUUCUGAGACACACAAGCUCCAAGACUGUGCUUUGCAUUAUGCCUAUUAAUACACUUCAAAAUUGGGUAGCGGAAUUCAAUAUGUGGCUUCCUUUGGAUGCAACAAAUAGUCCACUCGCAGCCCACGGCGAAGUGCGACCACGCAAUUUUCCUAUUUAUGUUUUAAAUGACAGUCAUAAAACACUUCAAAUGCGUGCCAAAGUCGUUAAGGAUUGGACUUCAACAGGUGGUGUACUAAUGAUAGGUUAUGAGUUGUAUCGACUUUUAAGCAUGAAAAAGGAUAAAAAACCUCGUAAGAAAAAAAAGGUCGAUGUGAAAGCUGAAGUAGAGAAGGAGAAAGAUGGACAGAAAAAUGAUAAAACCGAUGUAAAUGAUGAUACGCAGGAAUCUGAAAGUACAAUGUCAAAACCAUCUGAAGAAUAUCGAGUAGGUAAAGAAGAUGGCGAGAGUCUAAACAAGACUGACCUAGAUGCUAAAGAAAAGGAAGAAAAGAAGGAAGAUGUCCCUACAGAUGAAGACAAAAAGCUUUUGGAUGAAAUGUAUGAGGCCUUGGUUCGACCAGGGCCAGACUUGGUGAUAUGUGAUGAAGGCCACAGAAUAAAGAAUUCACAUUCAAACAUAUCUUAUGCUUUAAAACAAAUGAGAACGAAACGUCGUGUUGUCCUUACAGGAUAUCCUUUACAAAAUAAUUUAUUAGAAUACUGGUGCAUGGUGGACUUUGUGAGGCCGAAUUAUCUUGGCAGUAAGACUGAAUUUUGUAACAUGUUUGAACGUCCAAUACAAAAUGGGCAGUGUAUCGACUCUACACCACAAGAUAUAAGGCUCAUGAGGUAUCGAGCGCAUGUUUUGCACUCGUUGCUUGUGGGUUUUGUACAGAGACGAUCUCAUGCUGUGCUGCAGUCGACUUUACCACAAAAAGAAGAAUAUGUUCUUCUUGUGCGCAUGACACCCUUGCAGCGGAAAUUAUACGACAGAUUCAUGAAUGAAGUUGUUCGAUCUACAUCAGUGCCAAAUCCAUUAAAAGCAUUUGCUAUUUGCUGCAAGAUAUGGAAUCAUCCAGAUGUUCUGUAUAAAUUUCUCAAAAAGAGAAGCGAAGCAAAUGCUGCAAUUGAGGAAGAUUUGGAUUUAGAAGAAAUAGGUGGAGUUACUAAAGCAGGUCGAUCAAAAGCUAAGAAAACUUCAAAAAAGGCACCUAAACCACGGGGUUCAUCAAAAAAACCCGCUGCAAAAAUACCUCCCAAUACUACUGGUUCUGGGAAUGCUCCUUCUAAUUCCGGCCCUUAUGAAAACACACAGCUUCCUUCAAGUAAUGGCCCUUUCGGACCUCCAGGCCAUUCAGGACCUCCAGGUUCUUCUAAUUCUUUUGGAACGGAACGACCUGAAGGUUAUCCCCCUUAUCCAGAAUACCAUAAUUCUGGUCAGGGGUAUUAUCCUCCUAACCAAGGUUUUAACCAAGAAUACAACAGUAAUUAUUACCAACAACAACCUCCAUAUAGCAACAACUAUCCAAACCAGUAUCCUCAAAAUAAUCCUGAUUGUAAUCAAGGUUAUAAUCAAAACUAUUGGAAUAAUGGCAAUUUUUAUGGUAACACGGAAUACUAUAAUAAUUCACAAUAUCCAAAUGCGCAACAGCAGCCUGAAUAUACAGGUAAUACACCAGGAAAUUUCAACAACACGCAAACAUAUCCACCGAACUAUAACACGAUUGAUAGUAAUAAUCAGUCAUAUCCUGGUAACCAAAUACAACAGUAUCCUAAUAAUGAAGAAAAUUUCGCCAAUCAACAUAGGCCUUCAUUUCAAGGACCUUUAGAUCCAAAUUCCCCUGGUUAUACAGCAUUUGAUUCUAAUACACCAGCACAAAAUAACUAUCCCAAUAAUCAAGCACCUCAAGAUUAUUCAAAUACAUCUUUUCAGUCCGCACCAUUUCCUGGCAAUAGUACUGAAUAUGGAGCCAAUCUUCCACCAACAUUUAACCAAUAUGAAAAUCAAAGCCCAAAUUUUACUGGGUAUGGGAAUAAUAUGCCGCCCAGUCAAACGCAAAAUACUCCUAUGCCAAAUCAAACACCAAUCAAAACAGAAAUAAACAUGGAUAAUAACUACCCACCUACUGAAAGCAAACCCGAACCCAAUUUUUCACAGGAUACUGCUCCUCCAUUUGACAGUUCUUUUAACUAUCAUCAACAAAAUCCUUCUCUUUACUCGGACCAAUCAGAAACAGGUGCAAACGGUAGUUACCCGUGUCACUAUCCAACAUUUCCUUCUGCUCUUGAAACUAAAUCGCCAUUAGGCAGUGCUGGAAGUCCAGUUCCCUCAUGGCCCUUAGACGCAAUCAAAACUGAUGUGGAUAAAAUAAAAAACGAGGAAAAACUAGAAAUGAAAUCUGAAUCGGAUGGUGAAGUUAAAAUAGAAGAUUUGGAUACUAAAACUAUAGUUAAAGACGAAACAAAGAGAGACACAUCUAAGAUAGCAACUUCCCCUAAAAAACAAGUUAUAGAAUUAAAUAAGGAAGAAUUGGCACCUAAGGACCAAUCUAAAAGUGACAUAUCUGAAUCCGAUCAUGAAAAUGUGAAAAAAGGUAAACAAAAAGGCAAAAGGAAAGAGAGAAAAAAAGCGGAAAAGCCAAAGCCUAAAGGUCGAGCAAAAGCUAAAGGCAGGAAGGAAAGAAAAAAAUCAAAGGAAAAGAAUAACGAUGAUUCAGAAUCUGAAGAGAGUGAGAAGGAAGAAAAGAAAAAUAAAGAAGAAGAAUUAGCAAUGUUAAAGAAGGCUGAAGAGAUGACUUACGAUUGGGCAACAGAAUUAUUAAAAGACUAUGUACCAGGAAUAAUUGAAAAUUCCGCCAAGAUGGAGUUAUUCUUUUACAUAUUAAAUGAAAGUAUUAAAAUUGGCGAUAGGUUAUUACUUUUUAGUCAGAGUCUGUUUACUUUAAAUCUAAUCGAAGAUUACUUAGAGAAAAAUUACAUUCCUGGUACUGAUUGUUUAUGGCAAAGAAAUACUUCCUACUAUCGACUAGAUGGGUCUACUCAUGCGUUAGAACGAGAGAAAUUAAUAAAUGAAUUUAACGCAAACCAAAACAUAUACUUAUUUCUUGUGUCCACACGAGCAGGUUCUCUUGGGAUUAAUCUCGUAGGUGCUAAUAGAGUAAUUGUUUUCGACGCCAGUUGGAAUCCUUGUCAUGACACACAGGCUGUUUGUCGUGUAUACAGGUACGGUCAGCAAAAACCAUGCUUCGUUUAUCGUUUUGUAAUGGACUGGUGUCUCGAAAAGAAGAUAUAUGAUCGGCAAAUCAAUAAGCAGGGUAUGGCUGAUCGGGUGGUCGACGAGUGUAACCCAGAUGCUGUACUGUCAAUGAAGGAGAUCACAAAUCUAUGUUUUGAUAAUGAUGAAAAGGAAUCCGAAAUUAAAGAUUUGUCGGUGUAUAAAGACAAGUAUGUCGACAUGUUAAUGCAAGGAAUUUUAACGCUGCACGGACAUUUGUUAAGCAAAGAACCUUUCCAGCAUGAAUCACUUUUGGUGGACAGAAAAGAGAAAAAAUUGUCCAGUGCUGAAAAGAGACUCGCACAGAGAGGAUACGAGCUGGAGAAAAAGGCGGCGCUGGCGCCCAAGCCGACGGGCGCGUACCGCGCGGUGCGCGGCGCGGACGGCAGCGUGGUGCAGCGGCCCGUGGCGUCCGUGCGCCCCACGCAGCACGCCGCGCGCUGGAUCCCCGCCGACGUGUGGCGCCGCCAGGGCAUGACCGCGCAGGAGAUGACGCUGCCGCUCGGUAACUAUUCAACUUGUACUUCGCGCGGACGGCAGCGUGGUGCAGCGGCCCGUGGCGUCCGUGCGCCCCACGCAGCACGCCGCGCGCUGGAUCCCCGCCGACGUGUGGCGCCGCCAGGGCAUGACCGCGCAGGAGAUGACGCUGCCGCUCGAUGUUGUUAUACCAACAAACUCAGCUGA